AUGCCGGCGCCACUCUUCCCGGACGAUCUUGUCGCCAACAAGGACGGCGAAAACGAUGUAGGAGUUGUUGAGGGGACCCACGGAGACGUUGACACUCACCUCCCUCACCCCGCACGCAACAGUGCAGACCCAAUAGUCUGCGACGGAGUCCCCAAGAAGCUCUACAAGCGGUUUCUUAAGGAUGGCGUGCCGCCGCCCAACACUGUGUUCGUUCGAUGGCACAGGAGGAUGGAAUCCUCUCUCAUCCACGAGUCAAAGCUCAAGCUGCUGGACCGGUCUCUCCUGAUCGGGGACAUCGUCAAGCGUAACGUACGGGAUGCUAUGAGUGGCACGGUUAUCAACGCGUCCACGAGACUCGUACUUCAACCACUACCAGAGUUGCAAUUACCUUCACUCCGGGGUAACAACACACUCAGAGGAUGGCCGGCUUUUGGAAACGAGCUGUCUGUCUAUGGCCGUUACACAACCACUCUACCCCAGACACUCGUUGAUGUCCCUGCUUCAGAAUUGAGAUAUGCUGAUGCUCUGAACGUGGAAGACCUGUUCGUCUACAAAAAUCAUCUGGGACGGAUCGAGAAGCUUGUCCAGAUGGUCACACUACAGCUCGCUGACAACAAUGUGGUUGAGAUCCAUGAAGGUCAGGCUAGACACCACGACGACGCUCUCGACCAGUUCUACGUUGGAGAUAUCGCCUACUCGAAGAAGCCAGACCUGCGCCGCAGCAACUGGAUUUUUGGGCAAUACAACCCCAACACUCCACCCAUCGGCACCGUUGUUGCCACCCGCAAUGUGAGCGCCGACGUUGAGUGGCUGCAACGACGUAUUGGCGCGGUGGGAGCAUCCGAACCUGCUCUCUUUCUUGACAGCGACGAUCUUGAAUCCGAAGACUUUCGCAUCUAUGAUUGCUCGCGGAGGCCACGAACCACUGGUGCGACCUCGACGACACUUUCCAAUCCAGAGACCGAUUUCGGCUUGCUCGGCGUAGUCGUCCGUUUCAAGGAUCUUGCAGGCGCCUGUGUCAAAUAUGAUGGGUCCACGCACCACGGUAAGCUGCAUAGGCUGGAUCGUCGAGAUACCCUGGGAUAUGACCUCAACGUCUUCCGGUUGGAAGGCUUCCAGACAGAUGUCACGAUACAGUGGCAGGACCUUUCGAUCUCGCAGGAACGCAGCAUCGAUCUGGUGCCCGACAGCUCAAUAGACGAUGAUCAUGCUGCGUGGCCGGGGGAGAUCGCGCAUACUCUCGACUUCUCACGGAUACCUGGAACGGAAGGCAUGUCUCAGCCGAGCAAAGUGGGCGUGGUGCAGACAGUCAACCCAACUGAGCGCAUGGCUACGAUGCGGUGGUGCAGCGGCGGGUGUAUGCAAUACUUCCAGGAUCUCGAGGAGGGCAAUGAAAUGAGAAGUCUGAUAUUGGGUCUGGUUGGUCGAGCGGACGGUGAGCAGGAGGAGAUGAGUCUGUACGAUGUGGAUGCACCCGGUUCCAUGAACGUGCGAAGAGGUGACAAGGUGCUUCUCAUGGACGAGGCCCGAAGUCAAAAGGACGGUGAUGAUGAGAAAGAUGAUGUCGACUGGAUUGGCGAGAUCGUCGAUACAUGCCUUGAUGGAACCCUGACUAUUCGGCUUGGCGCGGCAAAGGAGGUGCGUGACAUUCAGGUCUUGAGAGAGCAUGUCCGCGUCGCGAUAAGAUCGGAUGGAACAGGCGAACCUGACGGAUGGGAGCAAGGAGCUUCCGAUGAAGAGACGACCGAUGAGGAAGUUGCUCUUGCUAUGGAACGAGACGGUUUGGGUUUGGGAGAGCCGUACGGAGUGCCGGGCGACCCUGGCUAUCUACACCCGGACUUUGAAGGAUGGGGCUCUGAAGAUGACUAUCUCGAUUUUGACAACGAUUCGAUGGAGAGGAGUGAGGAUGAUGAAAGCGUCAAUGCCACUUACGAGGACGAGAACGGAGUACCGUUGGAUGAGGAGGAAGUCGAAAAUGAGGAUUGGGAAUCGGACGCAUCUGGCGAGGAGGACGUCAAUAUGAUUGAUGUUCCUGACGAGACACCGCCGACUUCUCAUCCCGUGACGCCGCCGCACAAUCAAACCAACGCAGAUCCUGACGGGAACGUUGGCAGUGAUGCGAUGAAGGAGAACACAACAAACGGGCCGGAACAGUACCUCGUGCUUGAAGGCCCUGCGCCAACGAGCCACCACUACUCCAACCAGCCAUCGACAAACAACGCUACUCACAUGAAACGCGUGCAGAAGGAGCACAAAAUCCUCCGCACUGCCGGCAAUCUACCUCCGGAAGUAUAUGUCCGCACAUGGGACUCUCGAAUGGAUCUCAUCCGCGUUUUAUUUGUUGGGCCCGCGGAGACACCAUACGCCGAUGCACCUUUUGUCGUCGACUUCUACCUGCCUUCAACGUUCCCUACAGACCCUCCACACGCACAUUUCCACAACUGGACUGCAGAGAGCAGUUUGGGUGGCGUUGGACGAGUGAAUCCCAACCUCUAUGAAGACGGAAAGAUCUGCCUAUCGCUUCUGGGUACCUGGGAUGGAGCGAAGAAUGAAUCCUGGUCUCCGGCUCGAAGUACCCUGCUCCAGGUCAUUGUGAGCAUCCUCGGCCUUGUUCUCGUGAGAGAGCCGUACUUCAACGAGGCUGGAUACGAACCCCUGGCAGAUCUGGAGAGCUCCAAGCGUCCGAGCGCCCUGUAUAACGAGCGGACCUAUCUCAGAGCGAACUCCUUCAUCAUCAAUGCGGUGGACCGGAUCAAUGCGUCGAAGGAGGGUGUGCGAGGUGGUGUAGAGGGCCUGGAGGAUGUCUUCCAUUGGCUCUACAAAGAUGCGAGCGGCAAGCAACUGUUGGACAGGAAGAUACAGGACGUGGAGGAAGUGCUCAAGAGGAGUGAGAGUGGCGCGGCGGAGCCAGAUGGGCUACGGAGCAUGUCGAAAGGUGCUUGUAUUCCUCUGAGAAGGGUGCUGGCGAGGCUCAAGGAGCUGUAA